CAACGAAUUCAUUUUGUAACAUGUAGGAAUCACUGCUGCACUCUUAGCUGACAUAAUCGCCACUACAUACAGAUGGUCCGUUUAAUCAACCAACUUCUUCUUGCUUCAUUUGCCCCUUCCAUUACUGGGCUCUACGCUGGACUCCCAGAGGAUCGUGGCUCCAGGGAUGUGAAGCCACAUCCUAUCAAGCAUGUUGGUUCGUCCAGAGACAUGUUCUUAGCUGGAGACUGGCGUAGCGAUAUGCUGCGUAUGGUGAAUAGCCAGCGUGCAAUGCGCAGUCUGCCAGCUCUGAUCGCCAACGAUCUGCUCAACGCCGCUGCACAGAACCACUCAAACUACCAGUACUCGGUACAGACUAUGACGCACCAAGACCCGGCCGGAUCUCUUGGCGACAGAAUCACCGCAACGGGUCUCAGGUGGACGAAUGCCGGAGAGAAUGUUGCCUGGAACCAGAAAACCCCUGCGGAGGCAAUGGACUCGUGGGUUAACAGUCCGCAUCAUCUGGCAAAUAUCCUCGGCAACUUCAAUGUCGCAGGGUUUGGAGAGCAGGGGCUGUAUUGGACGCAGAUAUUUGCGCUGAUUUCCUAGUUUUCCAGCCUCAUUUGGCGACCUGGCAACCGCAUUUGGUGCUAGAUUGGUUUUCACCUUGGAUUUCUGCAACUUUGCCGACCAGGCUGCGUAUCAGCACUAUUCUGCUCUCACCUAGCACUACCUAUACCUCUAUUCAACAGCUAUCUAUCCUUUUGGCAAUAUAUUUUCCUCUCAAU